UGCCUGCGCUCGUUUCGUUCGCGAACAAAGCUUUGUAUUCUUUGUUCCAGUGCCUGUUCAACCUCAUCCUGCCGGUGCACUUUAUCGUCCGCAUAGUCGUGUAUCAAAUUUUGUCGAUAGAUUUCUUUUAGCACUGCAAAUUCACUAUCAUCGUUUGACUCAUGGAUGUGAUUUUGAUACAAAUCAUCGAAACUAUUCACAGCAUCCACCGUGAUAACUAAAGCUAGUAAUAGGCAAAUCGAUUGCCAGAACCACUGCCACCGUAUCACCAUAUUGCCUGAACAACAGUUAAUGCGUUCAGCAUAAACUACUGAACGCUAGCGAUCACUACACGAUACUACUAAGAAAGUGAGCUAUGAACAGAACCUUUUAGCAGAGUCGCACGAUUUGAUCUCUCACAUAAAUGAACACAAGGAAAGAGAGAAAAGGUCAGUGUUACUAACGACCACACUUUUAAAUAGGGCAAUAAUUAGCGCUACGAUAAUACUAAUAAUGUGUAUAGUGCAAUAUAAUAAAAACUGUUGUUAUUGAAUUCUUAUAUUUUCACAAACUGUUCUCUAAUUAACUAUUUAAACACGUUAUAAUGCUGGCGCGGUUACGUCGUUUGUUAACGAUUUUUAAUUCAAUACACGACACACAAAGAUGAAAAUCUACAUUUUAUUUCUAAAUUGGCAAUUUUUAUCAUUUUUUAAAAAAUAUAAUAUAAUUGCAAUAUCCUAUAGAGAAGGAAACAUAUCGUAAGUGUGAGUGAGUUAUGAGUGACCACAUCUUUAACAUAACUGCAACAGGUGGGUAUUUUUGGGCAAAGUAUGGCGCAAUCGCAAGACGUCCGGCACUGCUUUGGUUACCAUGGUGCCGGGAAAAUUGUAAAACACAACAAUUCCCUGUUUUCCUUUCAACGAAUAUCCUUUCGGUGCUGUACAGUUUUUUCGCAAUGGAGCUCGAAUUGACCCGUGUCGAUUACACCAACGUUGGAUUAACGGGACCCAACUGCCUACAGCUGUUGCCUCCUACGACGAACGUGUCGACCAGCGGUUCCAACAGUGGAUACAAGCAACAGCAAAAGGUGGCCAUUGGCGAUCAGGAUGGGGUGCUGCAGGUAUUUUCCAUGAAGAAGGACGAGCUGCAGGUCCACUUUAAAACGCUACCGAGCGAAAAGAUUGCAUCGGUAAAGCUCGGCGGCCAGUCUGGUUCGGUGGCGGAUAAAAUUUUUACCGCCUCCGAAAACAAGGUGCGUGGCUUCAACAAAAAAGGCAAGUUGUUUCUCGCCUUCGAGACGAGCCUAACGGAAACGAUACGCUCGAUGUGUGUCAGCGGCAGCGAUUUGCUGGUUUGUGGGAACCACGUGUACAAUCAUUACCGUGAUUGCAAGGAGGUGGGAUCGUACCUUUGCGGGGAUGUCAUCGUGGAUGUGGCGGCCCUCUGUCCAAACAACACUAGUCGAUUGAUAACGGUGCUUGCCUGUUCUGGCCGUGUGUUGCGCAUUCUCGAACAUGCCCGGGUACGUCAAACGCUUGAGCUGGAGAGUGUUCCAACGGUGCUGUACGUACCGAAGGGUAUAGGAGAUAGAAUUUUGUGCGGUUUCUCGGACGGAAGUGUUAUACUGUUCCAUCUGAAUCUACUGUCAACGGAGGUUAAACGAGAGGUUCUGGUCGCCGAUCGUGAGGGAGAUGGGAUUUUGAGUGCGGUUACUUGCGUCGCUACCUACGAUCUUUCGGGCGAUGGAAAGGAAGAGUUGAUCGUGGGCCGACGGGAUGGAACGCUGCAAGUGUUUGCGAUGAAUUCCGACGAGUAUCAAUUUGAGAUGGAAUGUACGCAAAUUUAUCGAGAAAACUUUAACGAAAGCAUAUCGGCCCUGCAGGGUGGAUGCGUCGGGGCCACAAACUACACGGAGAUAAUAGUGUGUACCUACUCUGGGCGUAUAUUUGGUCUGACAACACAAUGUAUUAGUAAAAGUCUCGGUGAUAAUGGGACACGGUCGGAUAAGAGCGCAGGGACACCGAUCGAUUCUUCAGCAAAGCUGCAACGCAUAAGGGCGGAGAUAUACGAACUAGAGCAAACGAUCGCAAAAGAAAGGGAACGAUAUCAACUUUCCACGCAGGCUCUUUCGUCUGGCCUGUCGGCAAUACCGAUGCUACCGAUUAAUGAUUCAUUUGUGCUGGUGAAGGAAGACGCUACGUUUCUUCUCUCACUAGAAAUCCCGACUCCAAUCGAGCACGUUUUACUGCAGUGUGAUGCACCGAUCACACUGUUGGAUGUGGAGAAAAAUACGGCUGUCGUCAGUUUCAGUGAGUGUGACAAGUUAAGUGGAAACAGUUUACUAGCGAGCUACCGUUGCCAGCUGAACACGAAUCGGAUCGAUUUAAAAUUCCGCACCAUUGAGGGCCAAACCGGAACGUUACAGGUGUACAUCACACCCAACCUGCAGCCAAAAUGUUGCCAACUAAAGCGUUACCCGAUAAAACCUCUAUCACUGCACAUGAUCGUACACAAUGCGACAGAUGAAAUGCUUGCACGGCCGAUGAAUGGGCUGACGCUGAAAGGUCCAUUCAGUCAGGCGGAAAUGCACAACUGGAUGAUAAACAGCAUUCCCGAGCUGCCGGAAAAGCUUUACGAAAGUGGCAAGGUGCAGUACACUUUUAGACAUGUGUUCAUCGGAACGAUGUUGAUCUGUGAGUAUGGUAAGGGGGAAGCCACCUUUCGGAGCGACAAUAUAUCGACCAUUUCGAUACUGAAGGACUUUAUCACCAAGGAAGCGACAAAGAAGCGAAUCAAGCUGGAAAUUUCUACAUCUAUUAAUGAAUCGACAAUUCCUUCGCUGAUCAAGCUUAUAGAGCCCAUGAUUCUACACUAUAACAAACUUACCAAGGAUUAUCAGCUCGCCCAAGCUCUGCUUGAUUUGGAUAUUCGGGAUGACGACGAGUUCAACACACUGUCCGAAGAGUAUCGUUUGCUCAUUCGCAACCAACAAUCGAUCGGAACGGAGUUUCGGAAGCAACCGACCAUAUUGAAUCGGAUUUACGGUAUUCUCACUGAUUUAUACAUUGAUAAGUUCAAGUUUAAGGGUGUGAACGUGAAAACGAAGCUACCACAGCUGAUCGAAUUGCUCGAAAACUAUUCGUACGAUGAGCUGGUACAGUUUUAUAGCGUAGUCAAAGCAGGGGAUGAAGACGUCGGCGACGUAUAA